GCAUCGUGGACAAGUAUAGGAAGGACCUCGAUUUUGAUGAGGGCAUGAAGGCUCUGGAAUCCCUUACUCUGAAGGCUUUGAGCAUUGCCCGAGGCCUUUCUCUGAAGGGGAAAGAUGAGGCCCAAAAGACCACCGAACUCGAGGACUCUUCUCGAGCACAGGAGAAGAGGAUAGCCGACUUGGAGGCUGAAAGCUUUCUUCUUCAGAAGGAGCUCGAGGACUCGAAGAAUGAUGCCCAGAGAGCUCGAGCAGAGGCUGGAACUGCUAAGGGCGAGACCGAAGGUUUAAAGCUCGAGAUCGAGCGUUUGAAGGUUGAUUUUGAGACUCGCCUGGCUGAAGCUCGAGGGGUUGCGAUCGAGGACUUUAAAACGUCCGAGGAGUUUAACGGCCUUAAGGGAGAGUAUGCCAUGGACUCGUACUUCCAUGCCUUCAAGGAAGCUCGGGCAUUUUUGAGAUCGAAGCCCGACGCUAACCCCGAGGAUCUAAAGAACAUCCCCGAGAUUGCUGACACCCUCGAGCUGUCAGAGUCCGAGGAAACCGUCGAGGACCAAGAGGUCGAUGUUGACGGCGAGGACGCAGUGGAGGAGCAGAGGAGCACAGCCUCGGGAGAAAGGGCCGAGGACUUAGAUUAGUUUUUGUUUUUUGGUAUGAUGAUAGCCCUUCCUUUUUGUAAUUUGAACAUGUUUUUUACUCGAUCAACUAUUUUCCUUCUGCUGUGUAUUGAUAUCUCGAUCAUUCAAAUAGCCCAAUGUAAGAUGGUUAAAUAACUCGACGCCUAGAGUAGUUGGG